AUGCCUGGCUUGGGCGCGAUGGGAGAAACUAGCCUGACUCCCUCCCAAAUCCAAUUGGGGUGGUCCGCCCCUUCUUCACAAACUCAUACUCCUGCACCUGCGGCUGUGCCGCCUCAUGUUUAUUCUCCCAUGUCCUUUGAUCAAAUGUCAGAUUGCAAACUCCUUGAUAUGGUAGCCCAGAAUAUGAUCAUUUUGAAAAAAGAAUUUUCCCAAUUACAAGGGGCUUACAAAGCCCAAAGUGAUCAAUUAGCAUUGUUAAGGGCUGAACUUGAGGAACAUCGCAACCAGUCGCAAAAUCAACAUAUAUUCUAUUCCACCCAAAUCCAAGGAGCGGCCGCUUCCAUUCAAGCUGUGCAAGACCAGCUACUCCACAAUUCCACUACUCGUCCCACGGCCCCACCUCCACCUUCUGGCACAGCCACCUCCACCAAUCCCCCACCCGCUCCUGCGUCUUCCAAUUCGGAUUUGAAAUUUGCUAAACCCAAUAAGUUCAGUGGCAAGAAAGAAGACGCCCUCAAUUUCAUUAUUGCCUGCCAGGCCUAUAUAAGGGCAAAAGGAGCAAAUAGAUCCCACGAGGAGAAAAUAUUGUGGGUAACGUCAUAUUUUGAAGGUGCAGCAGAAGAUUGGGUUCGUCCCUAUAAAGAAAGGAAGGUUUUCAGGGGAGAAGCGGUCCCACUAUUGGAAGAUAUUGAUGUAUUCUGGGCAGAGUUCACUAAACAUUAUGUGGACACAAAUCGUGAUGAAAAGUACCGCCAAAAAUGGAACAACUUGCGGCAGAAGGCUUUGGUACAAGAAUACACCCGGGAAUUUCAACAAUACUCUGUUUCCCUGGGAUAUAGCGACAAAACCCUGCGCAAUAAGUACUAUGAUGGCCUCCAAAACAAUAUUAAGGACAUCAUGCUGUCAACUAUGUUCCAAUGGCGCCGCGCUACUGCCCAACAAGUCUAUGAUAAGGCAGAGGAGAUUGCAAACCAUAUUGAAUCUACACGCUUAUCUCAUCCUUCUGUCUCUACAGUCCGCGCCCCUGCCAACGCCGCCCCCACUACCACUUCCAUUCCCCCUUCCACCCGCACUCGUCUCAAUGUGGGAGACAAUGUUUAUAUGAUUGACCCAACCACCCGCCGCGCCAAGAAAGGCGCUAUCACUUCAAUUGUUUGCACUACCUCUGGCAAUAUGCCAAAUGUUUGUUGGAAUGGAGAAUCCAAGGACACCAUGGUCCCAUUCCCCUCCCUAAAAAAGGAUGAGCGCCCUGCAGCGGCCGCCCCAGUUAAACCAAUUGUUGCCCCUGUCCCGGUGUUAGCCACAAGCAAGGGUCCAGGCCCCAUGGAUCUUGAUGGAAGGGGUUUUGCAAAUCUAACCUGCCAUGUGUGCGGCGGAAAGGGCCAUUUUGCACGCAACUGUCCCUCUAAGCCCAUGUCUGGACAUGUGGCUAAUGUCAAAUGGUCUUGGGAAAGGCCUAAAGAAGAAAAUAGGAUUGAAGUUGUCUCUGAUGAGGAAGAGUCGGGAAAAGGAAAAGCCAAGGCCGACUAA